AUGUCCGCCGAAGCUUGUGAUGAUGGAAUGAGCCUAAAACCAGCAAGUUCUAUCUUCAAAUUCUGAAGUUUUCAGGGUGCGGUGAUAACAGGAAACAAAGGAGGUUAUACCAUAGUCAAGUUGCUUGGAGAAGGUGGAUUCGGUGAGCUUUUAUUUUGGCUUAUUACAUGAAAUGGUUGGUUAUGGCUUAUUUUUGGGUUACAGGUGCGGUGUACCGUGUUCAGUUCACCGAGAAGGACGGGUCCGUCUCAGAAUACGCGAUGAAAGUGGAGAAGAAGAUGGAGAAAAGAAAGCAUUCCAAGCUCAAGAUGGAAGUGGCUAUUCUGAAGUUGGUUUGUGAGGAAAGAAAGACCGGCAGCCAUUUCACGGACAUCAUCGACAGAGGAAAGAAGGAGCACUACUUUUUCUUGGUGAUGACCUUGGUUGGGCCUUCCUUGGACGACAUGAAACGGCAGAGACCACAUAAAGUUUUCUCGUUGGCUACAGGCUUGGGCGCUGGAUUGCAAUGUCUGGAGGCUGUUGAGGAUCUCCACAAACACGGAUUCAUCCACAGAGAUUUGAAACCGGCCAAUUACGCAAGAGGAUUGGGAAUUCAAAGAAGAAUUGUACGUUUGAUUACAUUUUUUAUGGUAGUUAGUCAUCAAAAUGUCUAAUUUGAUGUUUUAGGUGUAUCUCCUCGACUUUGGCAUCGCCCGCCGUUAUCUGAAUGACAAUGAAGAGUUGAAGACCCCUCGAUCCGCGGUCCCUUUCAAGGGAACUGUCCGUUUCGCCUCCAGAAAUUGUCAUCGAAAUAAAGAAAUGGGACCAAAAGACGACUGCGAGUCGUGGUUUUAUCUCCUCCUUGAUCUGAUUGUACCCGUUGGAUUGCCCUGGAAGAAGAUGGCUGAGAGGGAUGAUGUCCUUAAAUGUAAAGAUGAGAUUAGAGAGGAUUCGGAGAAGAGAAAUAACACCUUUUUCUACAGAAUUCCGUGCAAGGAUUACUUGACUAAGAUGUUACAGUACAUUGACAGCAGAGGAUACACGGAUAAAGUGGAUUAUGAAUUUCUUUAUGAUGGAAUCAAAGCGGUGAGUUCAAUAGAUCUCCAGGAAUGAUGACUUUUUUGUCACUAAAUGACCUUAUUUUAGACCGCAUCAAAGAGCGGUGUCAAAUUGGAUGCCCCUUAUGAUUGGGAGGUGGAGGGAAGCAACUCCGCCACCGGCAAAUCCGGUUCCAAGACCAACUUCUCUUCCAUUAAAUCCACAAAAAGUCUGGAUUCUUUGAAAUAAGGGUCUCACAGUAGCUAGGAAAAUGCAAAAUUCACAGCUCUUUUAUGGUUUGAAAAUCAUUUUUUUGGAAUUACCAGCGUUUUGAAGUCAUAGCUAUACUGUGAGAUCUAGCGGGGUAAAAUGUUUUCAUGGGGAUGACCAGAAAUGCUCAAAUUUAUAUUAUUGCAACCAAAAAUGAGCGGGGAAGUGCUUUGGAAUAUAGAUAAAUGAGCAAAGCAUCGGUAAUCCCCAUCAAAACACUUUACUCAUCAGGUUCCUUAAAGAAAGCGCCGACUAAAACCCUCAAAUCAAAGUUCACCCAGAGCAAGACCACGAGUAACACGAAAUGA